AAAAACGAUGAAUUCUAUUCUAACGGCGAUUCAAACGCUAAAACGAACCAGAACAACACGCAGAUCGAUUCAUCCUCAUCUCACAAUCACCCAAUCGGAAUUACGAAAUUGUGAGGAAUGGCUGAUACAAAGUCACCUAAGAGGAAGCCGGUUUUCACCAAGGUUGAUAACCUGCGUCCUGGGACGAGUGGCCAUAAUCUUAUUGUAAAAGUUGUUAGUUCAAAGCUGGUGUUGCAGAAGGGCCGGCCUGAUGACCGUCAAAUGCGAAUUGCCGAGUGUUUGGUAGGAGACGAGACCGGGACUAUCCUAUUCACUGCAAGGAAUAGUCAAGUGGACAUGAUGAAAGCUGAUAGCACUGUAAUCUUGCGCAAUGCAAAAAUCGACAUGUUCAAGGGAUCAAUGAGGCUUGCAGUGGACAAGUGGGGCCGUGUUGAGGUGACUGAACCUGCCAAUUUCAUUGUAAAAGAACACAACAAUUUGUCACUUGUUGAGUAUGAGCUUGUCAAUGUCGUGGAAGAGUGACCGCUUAUGAUCCGUGCUAUAUAUGGUGUUAUAAGAAUUGAGUCGAGCAAAAAGAACCCGAAUAGAGUUGCAUUGGUUUCUCAUGAUUUCUUAUAUUUACUGGGAAAAAAGUAUCUAGGUGAAGAAUAUGGAAUACAAGAGCCAAGAGGAAAAACCCGAUGAUAAGGACAGGAAUAACCGAUUCGAUGAGAUAAAACAAGUGUUUCGUUUGGUUUGAUUUGGUUUGGUUUGGUUUCGUUGUCUUUAUAUUAAGACGUGAACAUUUUCUAAUGUGGUUUAUUGGAGGCAUAAAUUGAGCACAAGAUGAAUACAUUGUGAGUUGUUAAUUAUGUUGUGUGAAUUGUUCACCGACUGCUUGAUGUAAUGUAAGUUUCGCCUUUAUUUAAGUUGUACUGUUGUACACUUGUAAUGCAUUUCAAUUGUAUGGGUAUAAUAUUAUAUAAUAUGUCAUCA